AUGCUCGAAGUCCUCGAUACCGCUGGGCAGGAAGAAUACACAGCCUUGCGCGACCAAUGGAUUCGUGAUGGCGAAGGUUUCGUACUCGUCUACAGCAUCUCAUCCCGCUCCUCAUUUACCCGCAUCAAAAAGUUUCACCACCAAAUCCAACGCGUCAAAGAAUCAUGUGCAUCUUCACCGUCAUACCCGGGGUCGCCCCUCUCCGCCGCGAAUCCCCAGAUGCCAGUGCCCAUCAUGCUAGUGGGCAACAAGAGCGACAGAGUUACGGAGCGCGAGGUAUCUACACAAGAAGGGCACGCACUAGCCAGAGAAUUGGGGUGCGAAUUUGUUGAAGCAUCUGCAAAGAACUGCAUCAACGUUGAAAAGGCCUUCUACGAUGUCGUCAGAAUCUUGCGUCGACAGCGGCAACAAGCGUCUCGCCCGGCGGGUGGCUCGAGCGGCCGCUCACGUACAGGUAAUGGUGAUAUUGGGGGCCGCGAGCGCGAGGCACCAAGAUACCGGCGCAGCAAGGACGGCGAAAAGAGCAAAAAGUGUAUUGUAUUAUGA